AAGUAUUUGAAGAUCGACUACGAGAUCUUGAAUAGAAGAUCGAUAUGUCAACAGUUUAUAAGUAUCAGACUCAAAAGAAGGCAAAAAGGUUAUCAGAAGAGCUAUCAAAACAUAGUAAAAAUAUAGAGGAAGAUGAAUAUAAUAAAGAAUCAGUUGAAAAGCAAGAUCAAUCAACAGGAUUUAAAGAAAUUCGUCAAAAAGUACUUAUUUUAUCAUCUCGAGGGAUAACAUAUAGACAACGUCAUCUUAUGAAGGAUCUUGUAGAUAUGUUGCCUCAUUCAAAAAAAGAUACAAAAUUUGAUAUGAAAUCCAAACUUUAUCAUUUAAAUGAAGUAGCAGAGCUUUAUAAUUGUAAUAAUAUAUUAUUUUUUGAAGCAAGAAAGCAUCAGGAUCUAUAUAUUUGGAUGGCUAAGGUUCCUAAUGGACCUACGAUUAAAUUUCAUGUACAAAAUGUACAUACAAUGGAAGAUCUUCAUCUUAUUGGAAAUUGUUUGAAAGGAUCUCGUCCUAUUCUUUCAUUUGAUGCUAGUUUUGAUACAGAACCACAUAUGCGACUUAUUAAAGAACUUUUUUCUCAUAUCUUUGGAGUUCCAAAGGGAGCAAGAAGAAGUAAGCCAUUUAUUGAUCAUGUUGUUACAUUUUCUAUUGCAGAUAAUAAAAUAUGGUUUCGAAAUUAUCAAAUUGUUGAAAAAGCAGAGAAAGAAAAAGAUUUUUUUCAGCCAGGUAUAGAUAUGUCACUUAUUGAAAUUGGCCCUCGGUUUGUGAUGACAGCUAUUUGUAUUUUAGAAGGUUCAUUUGGAGGACCAGUUAUUUAUGAAAAUAAAGAAUUUAUAUCACCUUCAAGAAUACGAUCACUUGUAAAGAGAGAAAAAUCAUCUAAAUAUAAAGAUCGUCAAGCAGCAAAUGUAAAAAAGUUUGUAAAGAAAAAAGAAUCAGUACUUCCAAAAGAUCCUUUAAGCAAUAGUGCUUUAUUCCAAGACUAGUAUCAAGAAGAAUAAAUUAUUAAGCAUUAUUGAAAAUAUUUGAU